AUAAAAGCUCCUCGCUCACCCAGACUCAUCACAAUCGCACCAUGAACUUCCUGUGUAUCCUCUCCUGCCUCGCCUUCGCCGGCGCUGCCUACGGUUGCGGCACUCCCGCAAUCUCCCCCAUCAUCACUGGCUACUCUCGUAUCGUGAACGGUGAGGAGGCGUUGCCCCACUCCUGGCCCUGGCAGGUGUCCCUGCAGGACUACACCGGAUUCCACUUCUGCGGCGGCUCUCUGAUCAGUGAGAACUGGGUUGUCACCGCUGCUCACUGCAAUGUCAGGACGUCCCACCGUGUGGUCCUCGGAGAACACGACCGGUCGUCCUCUGCUGAGGACAUCCAGGUCAUGAAGGUUGGCAAGGUGUUCAAGCACCCCCGCUACAACGGCUACACCAUCAACAACGACAUCCUGCUGAUCAAGCUGGCCUCCCCCGCCCAGAUGAACAUGCGCGUGUCCCCCGUGUGCGCGGCUGAGACCAGCGACAACUUCUCCGGAGGCAUGAAGUGUGUGACCAGCGGCUGGGGCCUGACCCGCAGCACCGCUGCCGACACCCCCGCCCUGCUGCAGCAGGCCGCCCUCCCCCUGCUGACCAACGACGAGUGCCGUCGCUUCUGGGGCAACAAGAUCAGCGACCUGAUGAUCUGCGCCGGAGCCGCCGGAGCCUCCUCCUGCAUGGGCGACUCUGGCGGUCCUCUGGUCUGCCAGAAGGCCGGCGCCUGGACCUUGGUCGGUAUCGUGUCCUGGGGAAGUGGAACAUGCACUCCCACGAUGCCCGGCGUGUACGCCCGUGUCACCGAGCUCCGCGCCUGGAUGGACCAGACCAUCGCUGCCAACUAAGCAUCUCAGAGCGUACCACUUUCUGUUUCAACCUGAUCAUCAAUAAAAAACAGAAACUCUGAAAA